CCACGUCCCAGUCUGCAGACUUCUUAUCAGUACAAGUACUUCAGAGGAAAGCCGCUGGUUCCUUCAAACAUCUGUGUUAAAGAAGCUUUCGGCAGCAUCAUGAACGUUUUGGCUGUCCUGCACUGUGUGAUACUUAUUUCAGUUUGUGAAAUACUUGGAGAACAUCGAACGAGCGCUGGCAUGUGCUGGUUGCAGCAGGGUCCGGAGCACCGCUGUGACAUGGUGCUCAUGAGGGGUGUGAGCAGGGAAGAGUGCUGUGCUGCUGGCCGUCUGGACACUGCCUGGUCCAAUGCUAGUCUGCCCAUCAAUGAAGUCAGCCUGCUGGGAUUCCUGGGAAUAGUUUCCUGUAAGCCGUGUAAAGAGAACUGUGAAGGAGUGAACUGUGGCCUUGGAAAGGUGUGUAGAAUGAAGUCAGGACGCCCACAGUGCGUUUGCUCUCCAGACUGUUCCAACAUCUCCACUAAACACGCAGUGUGUGGGAGCGAUGGGAAUUCCUACAAAGACGAGUGCGCGCUCCUGAUGGCUCGCUGCAAAGGUCAUCCUGACCUGGAGAUAAUGUACCAGGGGGAAUGCAAAAAGUCCUGCUCAAAUGUGGUAUGUCCUGGUACUCAUACCUGUGUGACGGACCAGACUAACAGUGCCCACUGUGUCAUGUGCCGCACUGCACCUUGUCCGAUGCCCAUGAUCACCGAGCAAACCAUCUGCGGCAAUGAUAACAUCACUUACCAAAGUGCUUGCCACCUGCGUAGGGCAACCUGCUUUUUGGGUCGAUCCAUAGGAGUUCGCCACUAUGGACACUGCAGAAGUAAUGAAGCAAGUGAGGAAAAUUCACUCUUCUGAGGAUGUCAAGACAGAUCCUCUCCUUGUAUAUAUUAUGAUGGCACAUAAGACGUGAGAGAACCUGUUUGAAACCAUAUCACAACACGGUCCUCUGUACCAAAGAACCACUAGUAUUUUAUAGGCAUGCAAUUCAAUACUUAAAGGAAACGUGUGGUUUUUAACAGGAGAAUUGAACUGAUGAAUUGACAGUGUGCAUAUUGUAAAUAUACUACAAGCUACUAUUUAUUGGAGAAAAGUUAGGAAGUCGGUGUUAUUUAUGUGUUAACACGUUUGAGACACCAUAUAUUCGUACAUCAGCUGCCUUUCUCUAUGUAUUUAUUGUGGGUUUUGCUUCAGUUUUCAUGUAUUUGUCAGAACUGAAUAAUGUAAACGUGCACGACAGGGUUUCCGUACCUUUGAAUCCUCAUAAUUACUGAACAGAAAUGACUAAAACAUUUUUUUUGUUUUCACAAAGAGCUAUUUCUUGCCAAAUAAAUGUUUUUUUACAUUACAUUUUAUGGUAUUUAUAUUAUUUUUGUACUAAAUGUAUUAUAUUAUUUUAUGUUUUUAUUUAAAUGAUAAUAAAUAAUAAUUCACA